GUGUGUUGUGCUCGCCCAGCCAUAUUGGAAAUUUCCGUCGGUCUCUUGAUAGGGGUUCCAAUUAGCGGCUUAAUUAUCGCCGUGCAGAGAGCCGGGCGAUGGUAAACACGUCUUCGGACAUGUGUUGGAUAACGCCAAGUUAACGACUGUCCACAAGGUCUUGCCACAGCUGGCUGAUAAGUAAAUCAAACAAACGAGGCUCUCUCCGAGGCAGGCGAAGCACGGACAGCAGCGACCAUGGCAGCUCCAUUUGACCCCAAUGACCGCAGCAGUUGGUACUUCGGACAAAUGUCCCGACAGGAGGCGACGGACUUGCUGAUGGGCGAGAAGGAGGGCGGAGUCUUUCUGGUCAGAGACAGCACCACCAUCCACGGUGACUACGUCCUCUGCGUCAGGGAAGACUGCAAGGUUAGCCACUACAUCAUCAACAAAGUGCAGCAGGGCGAGCAGCACAGGUACCGUAUCGGUGACCAAACCUUCCCUGACCUGCCGAACCUGCUAGCCUUCUACAAACUGCACUACCUGGACACCACGCCUCUGAUCAGACCAGCGGUCCGCAGGAUAGAGAGAAUAAUCGCCAAGUACGACUUUGAAGGAAGUGAUCCAGAUGACCUGCCGUUUAAGAGAGGCGACAUUUUGACUGUGAUGAUGAAAGACGAGGACCAGUGGUGGACAGCGAAAAACAGCGUGGGACAAGUGGGUUCCAUUCCUGUCCCAUAUGUUCAAAGAUAUGAAGAAGGACAACAGAUGGAAAACCAGAGAGCCUCUACCAACAGCGGCGUGGGCAAUGUGGGACCCGCCCCAGAAACAGGCACCCGGAGAACCAAUGCUCAAAGAAUAUUGCCUGCAUAUGCGAGGGUGAAGCAGACAAGAGUGCCAAACGCGUACGACAAGACAGCCCUGCGGCUGGAAGUGGGCGACCUUAUUAAGGUGACCAAGAUGAACAUCAACGGCCAGUGGGAAGGCGAGCUGGCCGGCCGCACAGGCCACUUUCCCUUUACCCAUGUUGAGUUCAUCGACGCAGAGUGCAGCAACGACGCGGCCAACUCCUCUGUUGUCUCUGCCGACAACGAAUGUUAGGCUACUCCUCUCUCUUGAUUUGCUCUUUGUUUCCAGAGGCAAGAGAAGUCUAUUAUGGCUCAAUACUCACGGCACAAAUCUGGGGUUGCCGCAUCACAAACUAAAGGGCAGCGACUGCUUGUUUGAUAUUCUCGGCUGGAUGAUUAAUUUUUUUUGCUUUUUGUCUCGCUUAAAAUUAUUUACACAUAUUUACUAAUUAAAUUUUCACACAAAAUUGGACCGUCUUUCAUCAGGUGUCCAAUUAAAAUGCUCUACCUUGAUUAAAUCCUGUCCAGUUUCAGUUUGACUGAACUUUGUAAAAAUGUAACACGCCUCUCGGACAUAAAUUAAGAUUAAAUAAUAUGUCCAACCCUAGACUGUGCUUCAGAGCCCAAGUAAAGCACACGGCCUUGCCUGUCUUUUCAGCCUCUCUUGCGCUCAGCUCUGAAUAUGCUUCAAACAUAACAAGAAAGAAAGCAAGUUUUCCCCGUGUACAUUAUAUAUUUGUGUGCGUCGUGGAAAGUGAAGGAGAGCUGCAGUUCACUGGGACAGAACUCGCUCGCUCGGCGCUGAGAAAGUGGCUUCUGCUGUGUAAAUAACCGUAGGCCAAGUUGAAACGAGAAAAAGUAAUUCUAAGUCAUUAUUUAUUUGAAGCGCACAUUUUGUAUGCUCGAGCCUCUCUCAGAGUUAUUCUGCAUUUUAAAUCCAGAUUUUUUUCAUUUCGGUCAAUUCCAUUCGAACGCAGUGAAACAAGAGCGUGGCUUUAGCAGUUUGGUCUCGAUUUACGAACCGACCUCGCCAAAUGGAUAUUGAUGCAUUUCGCUGUCUGUUCACACAGAGGAUUAUGUGUUUAUAUACUUUUACUCUUCAUUGUAAUUCCAGCGCAUUGACUAUUUUUAAUAAUUAAUGCAAAAAUGCAGAUUGGAUUUGUAUCGUCUUUGAGAAGUGCAAACUUUUUGUAAAAAUUGGCAAAAUAAUGACUCGUUGUGCAAAUAAUGUAGCUUUCCGCAGUAGUGCUGAAAAAAUAUUUGUUUGUACAGUACACACACUUGCAUAAUGAUUAUAUUAUAUUUUCCAGUCAACAGUGGCAUAAAAUAAUAACAGGAGAAUCAUAUCAAGCUUGGA